AUGGAGAUGCAGCUGUACAUCGGUGGGCUGAAAGAGUUCUCGCAGGAAAAAGAGAUAGAAGAGUAUUUCUCCAGAUACGGAAAGAUACUUUCUAUAAAGAUAUACAGCUCCUACGGCUUUGUGACAGUGGAUGAAGAGGCAGGGAAGAAAAUACUGAACGAUACGCACGAAAUCAACGGAAAUCGGCUCAUUAUAGAGGCAGCAAAGGGCGAAAGACCGGUAAAGCCUGCAUACACACGGGGGCCUGUCUUUGGGCACAGGCCAAAGGUACCGCGCCGUAUUUCUCGGCUCAUUCUGGAGAAUCUUCCGCAGAACUCCGACUGGAGCGAGCUGAGAUCGUUCAUUCUAAUGAGCGGGGCGCGACCCACCUACCUACGAAUUCUUCCCUCUGGCGAUGGGCUCCUGGAGUUUAUGAACAGACACGACAGAGACACCGCCCUGGAAAGGCUGAACAACCAAGGGUUCCACGGCAAAAACAUAACAGCCAGAUUUGGAAGAAAAAGAUCUGAUAUUGUAGCAGGGCACAGCAACACUACAUCCCCAGAGAAAUAA